AUGUGGUGUAUUAUACUAUACUACAUCGUAGUCAUUGUGCGCCAAGUGUCUACCAACGUGUUCCCAUUCCGCUCUGCAAUGGUCACGUCAAACGUUUACAGAACAAAUAUGAUGCAUCCUGUCCGGUUCGGGCAGCCCUCACCACCGCCAGUACAGCUACAGUCGAGACAGAAGCCUGUGUGUGGACCUGUUCCUUUCCCCGGCUGUGAACCACCUACUACUUGUGUAGAAAAUUUAUCACCAUUACACAGGAACCACCAGCGUGUGUGCUACACCAUCCGGAGGUGGCCGAAUACAGUACAACAUAUGAUGGUGUCCGUGCCCCAAGUGCAGAGAUACUCUCCCAUGAUGCCCCCAGUACUAAGGCAGAUGCCGCCACAAGCCACGAUGCCACAAGCCAUGAUCACAAACCGAAUGGUUGUGCUUCAGCCGAGGUCACCUCAACAGUUAAGACCUCAAAUGAUAGUUUCGCAAAAUGUUCAGCCACCACAAAAUGUGUACAAACAAUUCAAUAACUAUAAAAUGGAAAAAAAAUUCCAACAAAAUAUGACGUUGUCACCCCGUCUUGGGAUGCAGAGAUCCCGGAUCCCAGCUACUCCGGAAGUGACACUACAGUCGUAUUUCUAUCCUAGAGUGGAGAAUGACUACCCAAUCCUUAUGCCGCUUAAAAAUGAGAAAACAAACAAGACAAUGGAGGUGAGCACCGCCCCGCCCUCCCCCACCCCUCCUGUGACCACCACCAGCACCAUGCCUCCGUUCCCGGGCGGAGUGAUGCCUGACUCGGACGACAACGACGAGCCGUUCCUGCUGUGCGCUGGCGGCAAGGCCAAAUGUAACAAAUAUCUCUGGACCACUAAAAAGAAGAAUCACAGCAAGAAAACCACGAAAGCUUUGUUAUUAUGGACUAUUUAA